AUGAAGCUCUUUCUUGUUGCUCCGUUCUUGGCUGCCUUGAUUGGCAUUGCCAAUGCCGAAAGUGUUGGUACGAUUCGAGGAAGCGCUAGGAAUGGUGGCGACAACAGGGCCAGGAGCCACGAUCACCGUGCCCGUUCAAGAACAGAAGAACCUCGUUCUCAUGAUCAUGGGCGGAACAGUGGCGAACCAAGAGGCCAGCAAGAUGAAAUGAUUCGUACCUCUCCUCAUGCAAAGGAAAGGAAUGAUGACAUGCCCAGAAGCUAUGAUCAUGGCCAGGAAGAAAGGGGAGGCGAUGGCAGUCUUUGCUUUAGCGACAGUGCAUGCGACCCUGGUACUUGGUGCGUCCGCGGGUUUUGUCAGGAGUGCCGUAAGAUUGAUUCGACCGAGGAUUGCCCCUCUGGCGAGUUUUGUUCUGGGCCCUUUUACAACUGCAAACCUUUAUUGAACGAGGGUCAGUUGUGUCUGAGUGAUAAUGCAUGCGAGAGUGGGGACUGCGACAGGGGAAUGUGCGCUUCUGGCGACAUUACUUCUCCUACACCAGUUGAAUCUGUGUCAGGCGAUGGAGAAGACGGCAGUCUUUGCCUGAGCGACAAUGCAUGCGGCCCUGGUACUUGGUGCGUCCGCGGGUUUUGCCAGGAGUGCCGCAAGAUUGAUUCCACCGAGGAUUGCCCCUCUGGCGAGUUUUGUUCUGGGCCGUUUUACAACUGCAAAACUAAAUUGGACAAGGGUGGUCUUUGUUUGAGUGAUAAUGCAUGCAAGAGUGGGGACUGCGACAGUGGAAUGUGCGCUGCUGGCGACAUUCAGCCCGUCGCUUCUCCUACACCGGUUAAACCUGUGUCCGGCGAUGGAGACGAUGGCAGUACGUGCCUCAGCGACAGUGAAUGCGAAAACUACUGCGUUGCUGGCUUCUGCCAAGAGUGCGAGGCCCACAGUCACUGCGGCUCUGGUGACGAGUUCUGCACAGGUUGGCCUACCUACAAUUGUAAGGACAAGAAGAACAAUGGAUCUUGGUGUGGAACAGACAUGGAAUGCUUGAGUGGGGACUGCGGUAUAACUUGGGCGGGCGUUAAAUGCAAAUGA